AUGGGCUGGCUUAGCAAAAUCUUCAAAGGUUCGAACCAUAAAGUUUCAGAAAGGCAGUAUGAUUGGAGAUAUGGGGCAGAUACUGUAGAUAAUCAUCAAUCUACUUCAUCGAAUUCUUUGUCAGAGACUGAAGAUAUGGACCGUGCUAUUGCAUUAUCUCUUUCGGAACAAGAUCAGAGAGGAAAAUCCGUGAUCGAUAGGGAGCCUCAACUGAAAGAAGACGAAUUACUUGCCCGAGCCAUUCAAGAGAGUUUGAAUGACGAGUCUCAGCCCGAGCUGUGGAAUAGAAAUGGAAACGGAUACGGAUACGGAUAUCGAUAUGGAUAUGAUAACCUUUACCAACCUAUAACUAUCCCUUAUUCCACCAGCUUCAGGAUUUGUGCUGGUUGUAAUCAGGAUAUUGGCUAUGGAAGAUAUUUGAAUUGCAUGAAUGCUGUCUGGCACCCGGAAUGUUUUAGAUGCCGUGGAUGUAACCAACCUAUAUCUGAUUAUGAGUUUUCAGUUUCUGGAAACAGUACAUAUCAUAAGAAUUGCUACAAGGAGGUUCACUAUCCAAAAUGCGAUAUAUGCCGACACUUUAUUCCAACAAAUGCAGCUGGUCUUAUUGAAUACAGAGCACAUCCUUUCUGGUCUCAGAAAUACUGUCCUAGACACGAGCACGACGGGACUCCUAGAUGCUGUAGUUGUGAGCGAAUGGAGACAUGGGAUGCAAAAUUUGCCAUCCUCAAUGACGGCCGAAAGCUGUGCUUGGAGUGCCUGGACUCGGCUAUUAUGGAUACCAACGAGUGCCAACCCGUUUUUUACGAGAUACAGGACUUUUUCAAGGAAUUAAAUAUGAAAGUUACUCAAAAAGUCCCAUUGCUCUUGGUCGAGAAACAGGCGCUCAAUGACGCCAUUGGCGGGGAGAGACAUGGGCAUCAUCACAUGCCUGAGACACGAGGCAUUUGUCUGUCUGAAGAACAAACAAUCAGCACUAUAUUGGGGCGCCCGAGGAUUGGAACUGGCAAUCGUGUGAGAACCGAACCGUAUAAGUUAACUCGCCAUUGUGAAGUGACGGCAAUUCUCAUUCUAUACGGUCUCCCAAGGUUGCUGACUGGGACAAUAUUGGCUCAUGAGAUGAUGCAUGCUUGGUUGCGGCUGAAUGGUUUCCGUAACCUGGGACAGGACGUGGAGGAGGGCAUAUGCCAGGUCAUUGCGAGUAUGUGGCUGGAAUCCCAGAUUCUGUCCAUGUCGGACACCAACCAAGCGUCCACAUCAUCAUCAAGAAAAUCGGGCAGGUCUCCCUUUGAUAAGAAACUGAGCAAGUUUUUCAAACACCAGAUUGCAACGGAUACAUCUGCUGUGUACGGGGAUGGAUUCAGAGCCGGUCAUCAGGCUGUGCUUAGAUUCGGGUUGCAGAGGACGUUGGACCAUAUGCGAAAGACGGGAAAGUUUCCUCAUUAG